UUCAUUUUUUUAAUUUGAUCGAUCUUCGUGACCCGGAAAUUGUCAUCUGUGCUUUGGUUUUUGCCGGCGGGAAAGAGAGCGGGUCCCCAUGGCUGCAUUGGAGCAACACGCUCAGGUCAUCAUUGAAUUGUUUGAGGCUGGCAGGACCUAUUUAGAAAUCUCAAACGCUCUGCAGCAGAUGGGGAUAAAAAGAUGCUCUGGAAUGAGUGUCAGAAGAUUCUGUGCCCAGCGUGGACUAAAACGGAAAUGUCACGUAUCGGACACAGAGCUGGAGAGGGUGGUGCAUGGCGCAAUAUAUGAAGUGAGUUUUCUUCUUUGUUUACAGUUGACAGAUUAUACUUCAGCUGAUGUUUAGCGUUUCUGAGAAUUAAACGGAUAUUAUCAAACGUCAACCUGUGUUGUAACAGACAGGACCAUCGUACGGCCGUAAGUUUAUGACCGGAUACCUGUGCUCUAUGGGAGUGCGGGUAGGAGAGGGCAGAGUUGGAAAGGUCCUGAGAGACAUUCAUCAGCCGUACCAUGAUUUCCGACGGCAGGGUGCUCGUAAUCUCAAUCCUGUCCCCUAUCAUGCGGAGUGUAUGGGCCAUAAAUUGCAUCUGGACCAGAAUGAGAAGCUGGGGAUGUUUGGAGCCACACACGUUGUUGCUGUUGAUGGCUUCAGCAGCAACAUAGUUGCCAGUGCAACCAUGCCUGUGAAGAAUAACCUCGUGAUUUAUGAGGAAGUGUACAGACCUGCUGUGGUCACCCAUGGGAUGUGGGACCAGCUUAGAGUUGACCAUGGCAGGGAAUUCUACAUGUGCCUGUACGUGCAAGAGAAGCUUGCCGGACACAGACACAACCUUGAAAGACCACCAUACUUACAAACAACAUCAACAAGGAACCUUCGAGUGGAAAGGAUUUGGCCAGAGGUGAACAACCGUGUGAACUACCCUUUAAAGCAGGCCUUGGUACAGCUGUUGGACCAAGAAGUUAUCAACAUGGAGGACAACCUCACAAAAUUCUGUGUCUCCAACCUGACUUGUCAGUUGGGUGAGAUUGGACUUGACAGAGUGGUACAAUCCUGGAAUGCACACAGGAUCCCAGGGCGUGGGAUACCUAAUGAACUUGCAGCUGGAGGCUGUACAGCUAAAGUUCCUGAAGAGUGGCUGCCCAGUGCCUCGGUUGUAGCCAACCUGUAUGAGCAAGAGCUGGGAUCCAGGCUGACUUGGGUAUCAGUUUUUGGAGCAGAUCCCUUCACAUCUGAGGAGGACAGAUGUCAUGCAGAGCAGGACUUCACAUCAAACUACCCAGACAUCUCCAUUCUCCUGAAUCAUGCAGUGAACAAUAACACUAAUCCCUUCCAAGAUGCCUUACUGUACCUCAUUGAUGUAACCCGGAGAUAUGUCUAAAAACACUUCAGAGCUGGCAAAUUGAGUGCUCCUUUGGUGUUUGUGUUGUAUGGAUGCAAAAACCUGUGUUUAUAC